GAGCCCAAUCUGAAGGUGCGGUCCAGACUCAAGCAGAAGGUUUCUGAGAGACGAAGCGGACCGAUACGCCGCAGAGACGGCAGCAUCCUCGUUACGCCGCCGAAAAAACGAACUCUCGAGCUAACAGAUUCUUCAGCCAAUGAGAGCCCUGCAGGUUCUGGACCGAGCUCACCCAUUGGCUUGUGCAACAAUGAGAACGGCGGCGCGUCAUACCGGUCCAGCACCACUCAAAUCGAGCGUUGUCUGUCUCAGAGGGGCGUACUACAGACGGAGGGGUCCAUGUCCCUGUUGAAUCUCUACACCUCCCCCUCUCUGCCAAACCUCACGCUGGCUCUGCACCCUGCUCACGCACACAUCUGCACGGGAACGGCGCUGAAGGAUCGGAGCACAGAAGGUCUCGCGGCCGCCGCAACUCCCGUCUCGAUGGAGGCUAAAGUGAGCAACGGGCAGCAGGCGCUCCUGCAACACCUCCUGCUGAAGGAGCAGAGACAGCAGAGGAUGAUGUCCCCUGUCACAGCUAGUGUUCCUGUGCUGUCCUCGUCUCCUCUGGUGAUGAAGGAGCGUCCGUCUGUGAGUUCUCGCAGCAGGUUACCGCGGCACCGACCCCUGAACCGGACGCAGUCGGCGCCGCUGCCUCAGAGCACACUGGCUCAGCUCGUGCUGCAGCAACAGCACCACAACUUCAUGGAGAAACACAAACAGCUUCAGCAGCACGUCCACAUCAGCCAGGUUCUGUCUCAGUCCAUCGAGCAGCUGAGGAACCCCAGAACCCAUCUGGAGGAGGAGGAGGAGGAGGAGGAGGAGGAGGAAGAGGGAGCAACUGCGGAGAUCACGCCGCCCCCUGCUGGAGUCAUACGCACACACAGCGACCCCGAGGCCGCCCACACCAGAGUCAUCCGGCUGAAAACCGAGCUUGAGGAUGGGCAGAGAGAGGAAGAGAGACGGGACGUGAGAGAGGAGGACAUGGGGAGAGAUACAGGUGAAGAACAGGACGAGAUUUCAGCACAGAUGAAGAGAAGCCACGCCAAACACUGUCUGGAAAAUAUGACGGAAACUGAUGUUUGAAAAAGAGAAAGAAAUGAGCAAAGGAAGGACUGAAUCUCAUGAAACUUAAAAAAAUGCCCAAGUCACACACUCACACACACACACACACAUACACACACA